AUGUCAACCACAACCACCACCGCCGCGCCCACGCCGCGCUUCUCCAAGGGCUCCGAUGAGUCUUCCCUCUCCUCGACGCUCCAGACGCUGCUGGGACAGGGCCGGGGCUGGGCGCUCGUCAACGACGGUGAGGCCAUCGAGCGGAGCUUCAAGUUCAAGAACUUUGCAAAGACGUGGGACUUCAUGACAGCCGUGAGCCUACAAUGUAAGAUCCACAAUCAUCAUCCAGAGUGGUCAAACGUAAGCCCCAAACACCCUGUCCUUCUCAAGAAAAUCGAGCAAGGAGUCUCCAAAAUCAGAAAAGAACUAAGAACAAGAGGGCAGGUCUACAACACAACCUUUAUCCGGUGGACGACACAUGUUCCCAAGGGCCUGUCUGACAAGGACCUCAAGCUCGCUCUCAUCUGCGACGUGCUGGCAAAGGACUUUGGCGAAGUCGAGGUGCCGGCUUCCGAGGCCACCACUGGCACAGAGGCCGUGACCUGCGGCAUCCGGGGUUUGGCUGACAAGGCGGCGGGCACGGCUGGGGACUGCUGCACGCCGAAGAAGUGA